AUGCCCCAACGACGCGGUGCGCAGCAGAGCGCAGAUACAAUCCGGAUACUUGUCGCCACAGAUAGCCAUGUCGGAUAUAACGAACGCGAUGCAGAGCGAAAGGACGACAGUUGGAGGACAUUCCACGAAGUCAUGUGCCUAGCGAAAGAACACGAUGUGGACAUGGUACUGCAUGCUGGAGACCUCUUUCACGAGAACAAGCCGUCGAGGAAGUCCAUGUACCAUGUCAUGAAAUCACUGCGUCAGAACUGUCUCGGCGAGAAGCCAUGCGAACUGGAGAUGCUGAGCGACGCGAGCGAGAACUUUGGAGGCAUGUUCGACCACGUCAACUACGAGGAUGAAGAUAUAAACAUUGCUAUACCUGUGUUUGCCAUUCAUGGUAAUCAUGACGACCCGUCAGGCGAAGGCUCGUUCUCUCCUCUCGAUCUGUUGCAGGCGUCUGGCUUCGUCAACUAUUUUGGUCGCACACCGGAAGUCGAUAAGAUCUCAGUGAAGCCUGUGCUACUUCAAAAGGGCGGCACCAAACUCGCUCUCUACGGUCUCAGCAACGUUCGUGAUGAGCGCUUGUUCCACACCUGGCGGGACGGUAAUGUCAAGUUCUUCCAACCUGGUAUGCAAAAGGACGAGUGGUUCAACCUAAUGAGCGUGCAUCAAAAUCAUCAUGCACAUACGCCGACCAGCUAUCUUCCCGAGAACUUCCUACCAGAGUUUAUGGAUCUUGUUGUAUGGGGCCACGAGCACGAAUGUUUGAUUGACCCGCGAUACAACCCUGAGAUGGGCUUCCAUGUCAUGCAGCCCGGCUCCUCGGUGGCUACGUCAUUGAUGCCUGGAGAGGCGGUUCCCAAGCACGUUUGCAUCUUGAGCGUCACUGGCAAGGAAUUCACAACUGAGAACAUCCGCCUGAAAACAGUCAGACCCUUUAUUAUGAAAGAAAUUGUGCUUGCAGAAGAGAGGGAAAUUAAGGAAAAAGAGAUAUGGCGCGUCCGCGAUGUCAGCGAUAACCGUGCAAAGAUUACCCAAUAUCUGAACCAGGUUAUCGAGGAGUUAAUUCAAGAAGCGAACAGGGAGUGGCUUGAACUUCAAGAAGACAGAGAAGAAGACGAUGACAUCGAACCGCCAAAACCGCUUGUCCGACUGCGUGUCGAGUACACAGCUCCAGGAGGGGGUGAAUUUCAUUGCGAGAACCCGCAGCGUAUUUCGAAUCGCUUCAUGGGUAAGGUAGCCAACAUCAACGAUAUUGUACAGUUUCACCGGAAAAAGAAACCAGCGAACCGUGCAUUGAAGAGCACGGCUGAAGAGCCAGACGAGGAUAUCCUGGCUGAGCUUUCGAUUGACUCAGUCAAGGUCGACAAGCUGGUUAAAGAAUUCCUCACAGCUCAAACCCUGACAAUCUUGCCGCAGAAUUCCUUUGGAGAUGCAGUGUCCCAGUUUGUGGACAAGGACGACAAGCAUGCUAUGGAGACCUUCGUCGGAGACAGCCUCAAAAAUCAGCUCAAGCACCUCAUGGCCGCCAACGAAAUCGAAGAAGAGGAGAUUACCAAGGAGAUGGCGGAAUACCGCGAACAACUGGAGGAUCUGUUCGCUUCAGGACAGUUGAAGAAGACACGGAGGUCAAAGGUCAAACCUAAGCCAGCUGGAUGGGACAGUGACUUCGACGGGUCUUGGGCUGAUCAGCCUGCUGCUCUCGUCCGUUCUGACAAUGAAGGCGAGAAAUAUGAUGACGAUAGCUUGGCUUCCAUAACCACGAAGAAAGCUGCUCCACGCGGUCGCGACAAAGCAGCUGGCACAAGUCGUGCAACUGCCGCUGCUGCCAAAAAGGCCGCACCUAAGAAGGCUGCGCCAGUAGCCAGAGCUACAGGUGGCCGAGGCAAGAAAAAGGCUGUUGUCGAAGAAGAGGAAUCUGAUAACGACGAAGACGUGAUCAUGAUCGACGAUGACGACGAUGAAGAAGUCCCAGAAGAAGAUGACGAAGAUAGCGCGGAAGACCUUUUCGUUGCCUCUCAGAAGAAACCUCCUGCAAGGAAGGCCGCUGCGAGGACGACAACCAAACCCCCGGCGAAGGCCAAGUCGCCGGCUAAGAAGACGACGACUACAAGGGCCAAGGCGGGUUCUGCGGCUACGCAAACAAAGUUGAACUUCUCGCAGACGCUUACGAAGCGUAGUCAGCCCACGCGGGCUGCGCCGUCGAGGGCAAAGAAGGCUGUGCAGGAGCCUAGUGAUGAUGAGAUUGAGUCUGAUGACGCUUUUGAGUCGGCGCCGCCGCCAAGUGCUAGACCCACGAGGAGGAGGUAA